AUGAACGGUUCUUCCCCUUCCACUCCUGAUAGCAUAAACAUCUGGCGCACUUGGGCCCUGACUGUGACUUAUGAAGCAGGGGAAUAUACCAAACAGAAAUUCAAGGCAGAGAAGACUGGAGGAGGCCCAGUCAUACCUUCCCCCAACCUAGACACUGAUCUGGUGAUGGCAUGCAAUCACUUGGCUGAUGUACUCAUAAAGGCAUAUAAAAAUCCCAUUCAGAUGCAGAUGGAUAUUGCAAGAUAUAGCAAAUUGAUCUCCCCGAAGGACACCGGGCAUAAUGAACAAAGAGAGGUGAGGUUGCUUGAGAGGUGUCCUCCUGGCCAUGAAGGCAAAAGGUUGGUCGACGAACCUGCCACAAUUCUUGAUGCAUCCGGUGCCAUCAUCGCAUGGUACCUCCCAGACGCCCUGACCGACACCACCCAGAAGGAAAUCAGGGAGGCCACCGAUUUGCUCGCUCCAAGCCUCGAAAAAAGUGUAAGGGCUGAUGGCAUUUGGCAAACUAAUCAAAAGUGGUUCAAACAGGGCUCGGACGAUGUUGGUGCAACUCCCGGAUGUAUCAAUUUAUCUCCGGCAUGGUUUCAACAGGGACACGAGACUAUGUCCGAUCCGGAGGUAUCUGCAUCAUUGAAGGGACCUUCCUGCGAGAAUAUCCUGAAAGCCAUUGCAAGGCCAGCAGCCAUCACGUCUGCGGCACUCAGGGUCAUGCAUCCUGAGCAGUACUGGGCAGAGUUGCGAACCUUGUCCAACCUCGGACAUAUAGCAGGAUCUGUAACACCUGCUAGAGCCCCAGCUCUCCCUACGCCUGCCCCCGCUCUGCUAGACUCCCCGCGCAGCGGUGCGCCGCCUGCGCCUAGAAAGACAGCGGUCUGGACCGCUAUGACUCUGCCUCAUGGCGCUAUGACCCCGCCUGAUGCUAUGACCCCGCCCCUGGCCUAG